UUGUCAGAGUCCUACGGCUCGAACAUCUGGAUAUAGUUUAGUUUUCUCUGACCCGCUGAACGAUAAGCAACCAAAAAUUUAUGAAUACAAUUCUUUAUUUAAAAAUUUGUUUUCUUUAUAAAUUCGCAAACAACAGUAUCUAAGAAAAUCCAAUAUAAUCCAAUUCAAUCCAGAGGGGACUGAAGUCAUGGCGUUAAAAAUGAAUCAAUACCAGAACCAGGUCAAGAUAAACUACGUGCAGCAAUAUGUGGGUAGGGUGGCAGGUCCCCUAGUCGAGCCCAUUUUCCCCGUGCCGCAAAUGUCAUCGGCAACCCUACGAGUCCGUAGAGCUGUCGUCGAAUCCUAUCGCGGACCCCAAAUUGCUCCCGAUGAUGCCAUGCUCCCGAUGCCGCCCCACAACAAGGCUCAAAAUGUGGGUGAGAUUCUGCACGACCUUCAAUUCAAGCUGAAAGAUUUCAAGCUGUGGAAUCAAGUCAUUCGUCUUCUGAAGAAGCGGGUCUAGUCUGGAUGUAUAGAUGUAAUGCGCAAUUGACGGAUCGGAGACUACGUCUUAUUCCCCCGUCUACUCUCAGAAUCACAACUAAAAAAGUUCGAAUUCCGUUCGGUGUUUGGUUAUAUCCAUUAUAAUCACCGUAAAAUCGAUUACAUGUACUUUUAGUCUGGCGUCCUCUCCAAAUUUGUAUACACAAAUUAUUUACCAAAUGUUUCUCAAAAUUGAUUUUAAAAAAGUGCAAGGAAUAAAGGGUGCAAGCAAUGCUAACAAUGUGUAGCUAUCUAU